CUGGGCCAACAGUCAACAAAAACAGCACAAGAAAAAGGCCCCUCUUUUCUUUUUGGGUUGGCCUUUAUAUUGGGCUCCUUAGCCGAUGCUGCUAAAACAUUUUCUCCGCCGCGACUCUCUCUCUCUCCCAGCCGCCCCCUCUCUCGUCUCACAGAACAGAAGCAACUUGCCACCGCCGCUUCAAAUCUCACCAUUUCUACUCUCUGUUGGUCAUCAGUUAGUCCAAAAGAAUGGAAGAGAAGGACACAACAAGCCCUAAGACAACGCAAGAGCUAGCAAUGGAAGGCCAGAAGCAUCUAGAAGAAACCAUAGAGGCAGCUUUCCAGAUCCUCUCCUCCAUGAACGAUGAGCUCUGCAACCCCACAUUGUGGUCCACCACUUCCUCUUUUUCAGCUGCUACAAACAUUGCAAAUGGUCCUGCUCCCCACGCAAAUGGUGUCAACAAUGGCGAUUCAUCUUCUUCUGAUAACACUUCUACCCAUCACGGAGACUUAAUUGGUGCUGGUGGUUCUGGCACCGGAGGAGCUCUUGAAGAGGCUCGGCAUCGGUAUACGAACUCUGUGCGCUUACUCCGUGCUGUUCUCACUACGAUUCCCAACUCUCAGAAGGCACCAUCUGAAACUAGUUCAACUGUAGUCAGUUCAGAAUCACCAGCAGAUGAAGCUGAAAUUGAGAAGUUAGAUGAGCGAGCCUCCAAUUUGAGAAAGGAGCUUGCAAACAAGAAUUUGUAUAUCAAGUUUCUUAUAGAUCAACUACGAGAUCUUAUUACUGACAUAUCAACAUGGCAAAGUCCUUGUUCCAUCUGAUUUCGGAAUGGAUCUAAAAAAUAUAGUGUCCUUGCACACUGAAGAACUCUGAAGGUGAUUUUGCUUUAGCUUUAGUAUUAAGUUUGCACAAUCUGUGAUAUUUGUAAUUGUUUACCUUUUCCAAUCAGUUUGGCGAGGGUUUGGUUAUGAUUUUCACAGGGGAAAAUUUAACGAGGAGAAUAUUAGAUUAGAGAUACAGUGGCGAAAGUUUGUAAAUCUUGAGACAUCUGAGGUUAAAGAUCAAGUUGUGGAAUCAAAAUUUCCGAUAUGAUUAGUGCCUUCUUUGAA